AUGCGUUCAUCUCUCGGGGGCGUAGGCCUGCUGGGCCUAAUUGUCCAGUCUGUCGCUGCUGUUGACAUCACCUGGAGUGACCCGUCAUCCAUAAAGUCCGGUACCAGUGAAGUCGCGUAUGGCCUGGUCAAGUUCUACACAGGAAACAACACAGGCGAUGUCCCAGGCAAUUUGCCCGACCCAUAUUACUGGUGGGAGGCUGGAGCAUUUUUUACCACCUUGAUCGAGUACUGGGCAUACACGGGCGAUACGACCUACAAUGCCAUCACCAAACAAGCCAUGAUCCACCAAGCUGGAGACGAUCUCGACUUUAUGCCCACAAACCAAACACGUAGUGAGGGAAAUGAUGAUCAAGGUUUCUGGGCCCUGGCCUCUAUGACAGCAGCCGAGAUGAACUUCACCAACCCAAGCUCCAGCGAGCCGCAAUGGCUUGCGCUUACCCAGGCAGUCUUUAACGAAUACGUAUCGCGCUGGGACAACACGACGUGCAACGGCGGGCUGCGAUGGCAGAUCUUCACUUUCAAUAACGGAUAUAACUACAAGAACUCGGUCUCCAACGGGUGCUUCUUCGAUAUCGCCGCGCGGUUGGCACGGUACACGGGCAACGAAACCUAUGCUGAAUGGGCGGAGAAAGUCUUCAACUGGCAGAUGGGCGUCGGCUUCAUCACCGAUGAUUGGGACGUUAUGGACGGUGCCGGCAACGGGGAUGAUUCUAACUGUACCGAGAUCAACGGCGCUCUCUUCACCUACAACGCCGGCCUUUACCUUCACGGCGCCGCCUACAUGUACAACUACACCGACGGUAGCGAACUCUGGAGAAGCCGGCUGGCAGGCCUGGUCAACUCGACCACCAGAAACUUCUUCAAGGACAACAUCAUGUACGAACUCAGCUGCGAGACCGCAGGGCUCUGCAACGUCGACCAACAGAGUUUCAAAGGCCAUCUCUCCCGCUGGAUGGCCAUGGCGGCCAAAAUGGCCCCCUUCACAUACGACACCAUCGUGCCCCUGCUCACCUCGUCCGCCACAGCCGCCGCACAGCAAUGCUCCGGAACCUCGAGCGACUUCAAGGGCACUCAAGGCACGGCUUGUGGGUUCAGUUGGCUCCAGGGGUCGACGUGGGACUCGAAAACGGGUAUCGGCGAGCAGAUGAACGCGCUGUCCAUCAUGAUUACGCCCUUGAUCGACGAGGCGCCCACGCCGUACACGUCAGACACCGGAGGUUCCUCCACGGGCAACACGGAGGGUGGUUCGAGUGAUAGUAGCAAGAUUCAACAGGAGAGGGCCAUCACCACGGCGGACAGGGCUGGUGCGGGAAUUCUGACGGCGUUCAUUUUGGCCGGGUUGGCGGGAGGUGUGUUCAGUGUCACCAUUUAA